AUGACCACUUCAAAGAGAAAGACGAGAAAGCUUCGUGGUCACGUCAGUCACGGUCAUGGACGUGUUGGCAAGCACAGAAAGCAUCCCGGAGGUCGCGGUAACGCUGGUGGCAUGCACCAUCACAGAAUCAACUUUGACAAAUACCAUCCUGGUUACUUCGGAAAGGUAUGUUUAUUUCUUGGUUUUUUUGAUGUUUAGGUAACUUUUUAGUUUGAUUAUGUCGCUAUAAGGUUAGAUUUUAAGCUUAAAAUAGUUAAAAACGACGAAGGUUAUGUUGUUCAUGGCGAGGAACAUUUUGUCAGGUGUUUCUCUGAUUGAAGCGCUGAAAGUUUGGUUUCUGGAUGUUUAUUUUAGCUAGAAGUUAUAAGGUGCUUUUAUUUUGCGGUUUUAUUCUGUGGGCUUAUUAGAAACAAUAUUUUUAUUAUUUUGAGAUUGAGGUAGACAACAAACUUAGAUUUUCGUGUUAUGCACUCUUCUCGUUUCAAUGGGACUAGUAUAAUGUCUUUAUUUGUUCUAUAUGAGUGCAAGAUCAUACUGAAAAUCCAUUUUUCGCUAACCCCAUUUGCUCCUUCAAUUGGUGUUUGAUAGUAGACUUGGAUACACCUCUAACGUAAAACAAUGUUAAAAAUAGUUUAAUUAAUUGGUAUAUAAUGUUAGGUAUCUAGUAGAACAGAAGAUGUGAAUUGUGAAUGUUUUGUGAAGUUAAUUCACUUAUUUUCAGGUCGGUAUGAGAAACUUCCAUCUCCACAAGAACCACUACUUCAGCCCAACCAUCAACGUUGAGAAGCUGUGGUCAUUGGUAUCAGAAGAGACUCGUGAGAAAUACGCUAAAGACACAAAGAAGGCCGCAGUCAUCGACGCUACCCGUGCCGGUUACUUCAAGGUUUUGGGCAAAGGAAAGUUUCCCAACAUCCCAGUCAUCGUCAAAGCUAAGGAAUUCUCUCACGAAGCUGAGCGCAAGAUUAAGAAGGCCGGCGGAGCCUGUGUCCUAGUGGCCUAA